AUGAAAUUAUUAGUCCAAUUAAUUUUAGUUUUAAGUUUAGUAACUUUAUCAUUAGGUUUCAAAAUUGAUACCCAAAGGGGUGAUCUUUUUGGUGGAAAGAGAACUUGUUAUGUUAGAAAGAAUGAGGGUCGUACAGAAAAAAUUACCUCCCCAAUGCCACACGAAUACUUAAGUUUAGAAGAUUUACCAGACUCAUUCGAUUGGAGAAACGUCUCAGGUGUAAACUAUAUUACCGAAAAUCGUAAUCAACACAUUCCACAAUACUGUGGUUCAUGUUGGUCAUUUGCUUCAACCAGUGCUCUUUCAGAUAGAAUUAAAAUUCAACGUAAAGCUGCUUUCCCAGAUGUUAAUCUUGCUCCACAACAUUUAAUUAAUUGUGAAAUUGGUGGUAGUUGUGAUGGUGGUGAUCCAUUAUCAGUUAUGGAAGGUUUAUCAUCAGAUGGUAAACAAGUUGCUGUUGAUGAAACUUGUGCUCCAUACCAAGCUAAAAAUGGUCUUGGUUGUACCCCAACAUGUAAAAACUGUUUCCCAAAUGGUACUUGUGUUGCUGUUGCUAAAUUCCCAUCAGUCCAAGUUACUCAAUAUGGUUCAAUUAGAGGCGCCAGCAAAAUGAUGGCUGAAAUUUAUGCUAGAGGUCCAAUUGCUUGCAGUAUCGAUGCUACUAGCAAAUUAGAAGCCUACACCGGUGGUAUUUUCAAAGAAAUUAAAUUCCCAGCUAUUCCAAAUCACAUCAUCAGUGUUAUUGGUUGGGGUGUCGAAGGUUCAACCAAAUAUUGGAUUGUCAGAAACUCAUGGGGUUCAUAUUAUGGUGAAACUGGUUUCUUUAGAAUUGUUCAAGGUACCUUUGAUAAUUUAGGUAUUGAAGACGAUUGUGUUUGGGGUGUUCCAGAAAUCCAAUGGUAA